AGUUCGUUGUUCAGUUGAAACUCUCCCAAACCGAUCAAGUAUUGUAAAGUGAUGAUUCUUGACAUGUUAGUUCGAUUUGCUAUUUGUGUAUCUGAAUUUCAACUUAAGGCUCAGUUUGGUUGAUGAGAAAACGUGGCAAAAGAAAAAAAUUAAUAGAAUAAACAUUUUGAAUCCUAUGUUUAGUGAACAACUCACCACUACUAAGCCUAUAAGUUGCUCUGAUUUUAGUUAUGCAGGUUUUUCUCCCUUCUUCUUGGGCUCUAUCGAACUCCAAAUAAUGAAACAAUUUAAAAUGCAAAGUUUUAUUCUUUUGGCUUUUCCAUCAUUUUCUCAACAACCAAACAGAGCAAUAGAAAAAGAGUAAUGGUCGAACUAAGGUAAAACUAGGCUUUGAGUGAUUAGAAAAGGGAUUUAAAAUCUCAUCUUUCACAAAUGGGAAUAAAAUCAUUUAUUGCUACAUGCAGACAUUGUAAUGUUCUCUAUGUUUUCUGGUCUGCCUAUCAUAUAAUUCUCUCUGUUAUUUAUUGAUUACAUGCUUGAAGAUACAGAUGGGUCUAUGAUCAUUGGGCUGUAUUGGAGUAGUUCAAUUUUUUGAGAGGUCGUUAGGUUUGUCAAAAAUUUCACCCAAAUUGUUAGUUCCAAAUUUUUAGAUGUGAACAUAAUAUGGGCUUCGUUCAGAUGAUGUGAUGUCAUUGUUAACAAAUGAAAUAUUUACCAAUCUUAAUGAUAUGUAAUUUUUAUGUGUGCAUGUGUUAACAUGUGUGUGUGUGAUUUUGGUAGUGCUUCUGUCAUAUGAUUGCAUUGACUUUAUAAAAUCAUCGACUUGCAGUUCUGGAGGAUAAGGGGCAUAGCAGCAACUCAGAAUGCAUAGAUGAAGAUGCUCUUAACUAAGAAUCAAGGACAAAUCUUUCAUUCUUUUCCAAAAGGCUGUUAUAUUUCCAGCAUUUGUAAGAAGUUCUCAUCCUCAUGUAAUGGACCUUCUGAGGUGGAUGGGAAAGUUGUUUUUUCGGCUGAUGGUGUUGAUAAAAAAAUCCCUAGAAACAAUGAGGGUAUAAGAAAAGGAGUGGAUGAUGUAUGCUGUAUCUUGGAGAGUGGUCCUUGGGGACCAACCUUGGAGAACUCUCUAUCUGCACUUGGUGAAAAACCUCUACCAGAAUUAGUAAUUGGAGUCUUGAAGAGACUUAAGGAUGCCAAUACUGCAGUAAAUUAUUUUCAAUGGGCUGAGAAACAAACUGAAAAAGUACAUUGUCCAGAAGCAUAUAAUUCGCUUCUCAUGGUAAUGGCUCGGAAUACAGAGUUUGACCAUCUGGAAUGUAUAUUGGAAGAAAUGAGUCUUUCUGGGUUUGGCCCAUCUAGUAACAUAUCUAUUGAGCUGGUUGCAAACUGUGUCAAGUCUCGGAAGUUGCGAGAGGCUUUUGAUAUUAUACAAACCAUGCGAAAGUUCAAGUUCCGCCCAGCAUUUUCAGCGUAUACAAUUUUAAUUGGUGCUCUGUCUGAGGUUCGUGAGCCUGAUCCCAUGCUCAUUCUCUUUCAUCAGAUGCAGGAGCUAGGUUAUGAAGUAAAUGUGCAUCUCUUUACAACUCUCAUUCGUGUAUUUGCCAGGGAAGGUCGGGUUGAUGCUGCUCUUUCCCUGUUGGAUGAGAUGAAGAGCAACUCUUUAGAUGCAGAUAUCGUUCUUUAUAAUGUCUGUAUAGAUUGCUUUGGCAAGGCAGGUAAGGUGGAUAUGUCCUGGAAAUUCUUUCAUGAGAUGAAAUCACAUGGCCUUAUGCCUGAUGAUGUGACAUAUACUAGCAUGAUAGGGGUUCUCUGCAAAGCUAAUAGACUGGAUGAAGCUGUGGAGCUAUUUGAACAGUUGGAACAGAAUAGGAAAGUUCCAUGUGCUUAUGCUUACAACACCAUGAUCAUGGGUUAUGGAUCAGCUGGAAAAUUUGAUGAAGCUUAUGGUUUACUUGAGAGGCAAAAGGCAAAGGGAAGCAUUCCCAGUGUUAUUGCAUACAACUGCAUUCUUACUUGUCUUGGGAAGAAAAGGAGAGUUGAGGAGGCUUUAAGAAUCUUUGAGGAGAUGAAGAGAGAUGCAGUUCCCAAUGUUCCAACUUAUAAUAUUCUCAUAGACAUGCUUUGCAGGGAAGGGAAACUCAACGCUGCUUUGGAAAUUCGGGAUGACAUGGAAAGAGCUGGCCUGUUUCCUAAUGUUUUGACUGUGAACAUAAUGAUUGAUAGGCUAUGUAAAGCUCAAAAACUUGAGGAAGCUUGUUCUAUAUUUGAAGGGAUGGAUGAUAAAGUUUGCACCCCAAAUGCAGUUACAUUUUCCUCUCUCAUAGAUGGUUUGGGUAAAUGUGGUAGAGUGGAUGAUGCCUACAGGCUAUAUGAAAAGAUGCUGGAUUGUGGUCAUGUUCCUGGUGCUAUUGUCUAUACAUCCCUCAUUAGAAGCUUCUUCAAGUGCGGUAGGAAGGAAGAUGGUCACAAGAUCUACAAGGAGAUGGUCCAUACAGGCUGUUCUCCUGAUCUAACCCUUAUUAAUACCUACAUGGAUUGUGUUUUCAAAGCUGGUGAAACUGAGAAAGGCAGGGCUUUGUUUCGGGAGAUUAAUGCCCAUGGCUUCAUUCCAGACGCACGGAGCUAUUCUAUCCUUAUCCAUGGUCUUGUAAAAGCAGGUUUGGCAAAUGAGACCUAUGAGCUGUUCUAUGCAAUGAAGGAGCAAGGCUGUGUUCUGGACACCCAUGCUUACAAUGCUGUGAUUGAUGGAUUCUGCAAGUCAGGUAAGGUGAACAAAGCUUACCAGCUACUGGAGGAAAUGAAGGUGAAGGGUCACCCACCCACUGUGGUUACCUAUGGUUCUGUCAUUGAUGGGCUUGCCAAGAUUGACAGACUUGAUGAAGCAUACAUGCUCUUUGAAGAAGCAAAAUCAAAUGGAAUAAAAUUAAAUGUAGUUGUGUAUAGUAGUCUUAUUGAUGGGUUCGGGAAGGUGGGUAGAAUUGAUGAAGCAUAUCUAAUCAUGGAAGAGUUGAUGCAGAAAGGUUUGACACCUAAUGUAUAUACAUGGAAUUGCUUGCUUGACGCACUGGUAAAAGCCGAAGAAAUUAAUGAAGCCCUCAUCUGCUUUCAGUCUAUGAAAGACUUGAAAUGCCCUCCCAACCAGAUAACAUACAGCAUUCUCAUAAAUGGUCUCUGUAGGGUUCGAAAAUUCAACAAGGCCUUUGUGUUUUGGCAAGAGAUGCAGAAGCUAGGAUUAAAACCCAAUACAAUCACCUACACCACCAUGAUCUCAGGACUUGCAAAGGCUGGAAACAUAUUAGAGGCCAGUGGGCUCUUCAGUAGGUUCAAGGCAAAUGGGGGCAUGCCUGACUCAGCUAGUUAUAAUGCUAUGAUAGAAGGAUUGAGCAGUGCAAACAAGGCUAUGGAUGCAUAUGCACUUUUUGAGGAAACUCGUUUGAAAGGUUGCAAUAUACAUGCCAAAACCUGUGUCGUUCUUUUAGACGCACUGCAUAAGGCUGAAUGCCUUGAACAGGCUGCAAUUGUGGGUGCUGUAUUGAAAGAAACAGCCAAGUCUCAACAUGCUUCAAGAUCCUUCUAACAUCAGGAUUAAGUUUUUGGUAAUUACUGGAGACCUGGAUAUCUUGUAGUUCACCUUUUUUUCUUGUUGAUGAGACAAGGGCCCUCCUUAGUUUUGUUGAUGAGGAACAAAUAGCAUUCUGUUCCUAAAGAUUCUUCGUAGCAUCACAUUAUUCUACAGGGAUGAACUCGCUUUCCCUGGGAAUACUUUGUGACAGACAGUUCAGCAAUCUGCAAUUGAGGAGUCAUUUUAUUCAGGUUGAGUGCAGGGAAAGAGUGAAUUCGACUGAAAAAGAUGAGCUGGUGAGAAACACCAGAUGUUUUAAUUUUUUGGAGGUGGAUAUGAACCUAACUAACAGAGACACAGGAGAAACAGGAUCACUGCAGUGGAGCUUGAAUAAGUGGGACUAGGGUUUUGUUGAUUUUAUUGAGAAUGUAUCUUAUUUAUUUUUCAUUGAGAAUGAUUGUUAUUGAAGAUGGAGGGGACAUGUUAUACUCCUGAAUGGAGUUUCUUUGUGAAAAUGAUAUGAACACAAAUCUGCAGCUGCUGCAUUUCUAGUCA